UAUAAGUCUGAAGUUAACUAUUGGCAGUCUAUAUUUCUAUAGUCAAAGCAAUCAAUGGUGAAAAUUAAGCAAUAAACUCGUGUACUGGAGUUCCUACAUAUGUAUAAGCAAUGACAUGGGCUUCAGGGGACGCGUUAUUAGCAUUCUUCUUUAUUUUAUCGCACAAACAACAGUCUGUUCUUUUCGGCUGAGCUGCCUGUACUAAUAUUAUUUCCCUUUUCUAUACGAAAUCUACAGCUGUGUGAACUUCCAUUAAUUGUAAAAUAAGCGUUUUACUAAACGUGGUCGAGGACCGAAUGUCGCAAUAGUGUUGACUAUGUGCUCCUCGAACACAACCAUGACACAAUUAAACGGGGUUACCAAUGAAAAUUUAAGGCGUAAGACUCUAAAAUGCGUAAACUAAAUUCGUGAAAAUUCGCUUAGCUCACUUUUACAAUAAAAGUAUAAUUUUAAUUACUCUUCAUAAAAGACUCUGCCUAUAUGUUUUGUGUCGAUAAAGUAGGACACAUAGAGAGAUUAAUAAGGAUACUUUAUUCAUAAACAAAAUGACGAAAUAUGAAAAACAACUGGAGAGAACGAGCGUACAGAAUGUUUUUAUUACCUCGCUUAUUGCAGGAGGUGCUGCAGGAACGUUUGUUGAUAUUACACUAUAUCCACUGGAUACAUUGAAAACCCGAUUGCAGAGUAAACAAGGAUUUCUUAAAACUGGAGGAUUCACAAAUCUUUACAAAGGAAUUUAUCCAGUUAUAAUUGGCUCAGCACCAACUGCUGCAUUAUUUUUUUUAACAUACGAAGAAAUUAAAACUCUUAUGCAACCCAGGAUUUCCAAAAAGUAUCGUACUUCACUUCACAUUGGAGCAGCAGCAUCAGCAGAAAUGGUAGCAUGCUUAAUACGAGUCCCAGUAGAAGUCCUGAAGCAAAGGAAACAAGCACAAAUAUUAGACAAAAAAUUCCUUGGUUUGAAAUUAUUGUAUCGUGGAUAUUGGAGCACAGUAUUGCGAGACGCACCUUUUAGUAUCGUACAGUUUCCAUUGUGGGAAUAUCUGAAAAUAUCCUAUAGUUCCUAUAUUGAAAGAGAAAUAUAUCCUUCGGAAAGUGCAAUCUGCGGUGCAAUUUCAGGAGGCAUCUCUGCGGCCGUUACAACUCCAUUGGAUGUUGCAAAAACGAGGAUAAUGUUGUCCAGUAAAACAUUGCUUUCAACAGAAUUAACAAUAUCAAAUGUACUUUAUCAGAUAUAUGCAGAAAAUGGUUUUCGAGGACUGUUUGCUGGUUUUGGGCCCAGAGUAAUGUGGAUUACAUUAGGAGGUUUUAUAUUCUUUGGAGUCUAUGAGGAAGCAAAAGUAUUUACACAAGUAAUAUUUCCAAUGCUGAAAUAAAUUAUAUGAGCUUAGUAUGGAAAGGCGAGAUACUUUGCAACAAAUAUGUAUAUAUAUAUAUAUAUAUAUAUAUUAAUAAAUUUAUAAAAAUAUAGUUUAUACUGUUUACAAAACUUGUACAGUUAUUUAUAUCAUGUACAAAAAUCUUGUAAGACAAAAAUACUUUCAUUAGUAAUAUUAAAAUAUAAACAAUUCAGUCUAAUAUUGAUGUAACAAACAUUAAUUCACAGUAAUUCACAUUCAUUUGCAUCGCUUUCUUGAACAUUUAAUAACACUUUACAACUAGUGUCACAUAUGUGACAGUGAUAAUUUUUCUUUUUCUAUACUUGUUUACAUAAACAAAGUCUAUUCUCUACGCAAUUACGUAAGAGAAAAUACAAAAUUGUCUAUGAAGAGAGUUUCACAAACUCUUCAUAAUUUUGUCUCCUUAUUCUGUAACUUGUAACAAANUAUUU